AGGUAAUGGUCUUAACGGUUGGAGGGAGGGCGUUCGGCUGGGGAGCGGGGCAAGGGCCCCGAGUCCGGCGAGAGAGACGGGUUCGGCUGGGCUGAGCCAUGUCCCCCUCUGGCCGGGCCCCCGGUGGGGCAACAGCCUCCCGCUGCCGCCGGCUGGGGGAGCUGCCCCGAGCCGCGUGGAGACAGUUCUCCUCAGGGAAGGAGGCACUGUACUAAUAGCAUCCAGCCCUCUUCACCCCGGACCUCCCAGCGCUUGGCAAAGGAGGACAGCGCCGUCAUCCCACACUUUAUAGAUGGGGAAACUGAGGCACGGAGCCAGGAAAGUGACUUGGCCAUGGCCACCCCGCAGCCCAGUGGCAGGGCUGGGAACAGAACCGAGAUCUCCCGCCUCCCAGUUUGCUGUUGUAGUCACCAGGCUAGGCUGCCUCACUGCAACACACAUCCCCAGAGAGACCUUUUAACUUUCUCUGUUAAAGUCAACAUCCAGGAAGGGGGACUCUCACCCCAAUGUAGUGAAAACUGGCAACACGUGUUGCCUAGUGGUUAGAUCACUCGACUGCUAAGGGAUCUUGGGCAAAUAAUUUUGCCUUUUGUGCCUCAGUUUCCCCAUUUGUGAAACGGGGGUAAUGUUACUGACAUUCUUUAUAAAGGGCUUUGAGCACUAUGGAUGAAAAGUACAAUAUCAGAACUAGAUACUAUUGUUAUAAACAAGUUAAGUAAUGCUCAUUGCAGUUACCACUGAGGUGGAAUUAGUGGCUUGUAUUUGCCACCCAGUAGGCAGCAGUCUUCUUGGCAUACGUGCAACUCUAAGGCACGUGACCAGGAUUUAUCACUGAAUUUGAAGGAGUAGGACUAGAUUUUUUUUUUUUUUAAUUGUCUCUCUGUACAGCGAGUGUAGGCAGAGUUUAAUUUUCCUUUGUAAGUGAUCAUGGGUUCUUUACAUACAAACAUCGUGUGAUUCAGGGCAUAGAGCUUAGUAUUCUCCUUCAUAAAAACUCAAGAAUGUCCUUUAGUUUGUAUUCGUCAUAAGACUUUCUUCUGUAUGUCGGCAUGAGAGGUCAAUGGGCACGUGCAUGCUAGCAGGCUUCUCCAAGUCUCAGCUCUCCAGAUUCUAGGCUGUACAUAAAACUGCUGGCUGCUUUCUCACACGUACGGAGAACAAACACGUCCCCACCGUUCCCGAAGAGCUCAUCUUCCCUCUCUAGUCAGUUAAUUCUACUCCAGGGACUUGCUUCUGUCUAGCCCAUGUAGCUUGUCUCUUUCUCCCUGCAGGUAGUACCAUCUUCUCUGUACCUUCCUACAGUUUUGAUACUGUAAGAGGCAGAGCCUUCUGCACUGCAGCUUCUCCCACUUGCAACUGCCUUCUCUCCACCUCAUUUCAAAUCAGAAAACAUUUUUUCCUUGUCUAUACCUCUUAUUUUAUCUUUCCAUCUGCUAUUAUUUCUCACUAUUACUGUAUUGUUUAACUCAAAGUGGUUGAAGUUCAGUUGAUAUGAAAGGCACUAAUGAAUACUGUGCAGCUUUAAUUUGUAAAGGGAGAUGAUAGCUUGAUGAUACUAAAGUGCAGUAACUCUUCAAAUCAUGGAAAUUCUUUUUCUACAGUAGGAAAUUAUGGAAGAUUAUGAAUGCUCCUAACAGAAGAAAGAAAACUCUGUUUAACCAUCUAUAAAUGCUGCUUCAGGGAAUGAAAUCCCUCAAGCUAUUAACCAGAAAAUCUGGGAGACUAAAAAUGCUGUUCACAGAACAUUUUUGCAAAGAUCAAGUCCCAUGUGUGUGCCUGUGUAUCUCCUCCUACCUUUGUAGCAAGAAGAAAAAAGAGAAUGGUUAUGAACAAGUUGACCAAGAAAGAUACAUGAACUUGGUCCGUUCUGUCACAUCUUCCAAAGCCAGCCCUCAGACACCGGAAACAUUGUUUGAAGAAGAUAAUCUGAUAUAUGGACCAGUGAGUAAAUUUAAGCCUCCAGUUAAGGAUGUUGAAGCAAAAAUUCCAAAAAACUGGGUCCCUCUGAUAAACUCCAAUAAGAGACCUUUGCCUUCAAACAGUGACGGAAAGCACCUGCUGAAAAUCAGUUUACAAAGGCACAAGAUGCCCAGUGUGACGAGUGUUCUUCAGCAAACCAUGCCUUUGGACCAGGCGUUCUACCUGAAGAGGUGGAAGCAGCGGAUGAUUCUGGAACUUGGAAAAGAUGGUUUUGCAGAAUAUACUAAAAACAUCUUCUUUCAAGGAAAACUAUUCCAUGCAGCUUUGGAAUCUGUCUUUUUAUCUGAAGAGGUCCCGUCGAAGGAGCAGGAAAAAGAUACCACGGUCUCUGGCUACUUAGCCAGUGUGCAGCAUGUCCUGAGAGACAUCAGUGGAGUAAAAGCUCUUGAAAGUGCAGUUCAUCAUGAGAUUCUUCACUAUUCAGGGCUUGUAGAUUGUGUGGCUGAGUAUCGAGGCCAGUUAUGUGUGAUUGACUGGAAGACUUCAGAGAAAUCAAAGCCGUAUCUCCGGAACACAUUUGACAACCCACUACAGGUUGCAGCAUAUACCGGAGCCAUAAACCAUGAUGCUAAUUAUGACUUCCAGGUUAAUUGUGGACUUAUUGUGGUUUCUUAUAAAGAUGGUUCCCCUGCACAUCCACAUUUCAUGGACUCAGAUCUGUGCUCUCAGUAUUGGAACAAAUGGCUCCUGCGCCUUGAAGAAUACACAGAGAAGGAAAAAAACAAUAAUUCAAUUGAGACAAGUUAGAGGGGUAUGAUCUGAGCACAGAAGUGAAGCAGGAAGUCCUGAGUUUUAAUAUAGUCUCCGAUACUGACCCUCUUUGACCUUGGGCAAAUCACUUAAUAUCUCUGCCUCAGUGUCCAUUUGAAAAUUGGGUCUAAUACUUGCCUACUUCACAGGGGUACAAAGAGGAUUUAAUGGGCCAACUUAAAUUGGGCUGAUAUUUACAUUUUGCAGCAAGCUUUUAUAAAACCUGAAAUCAAUAGAAAUGUUCUCACAAUUAAAGAAAAAAAUCCAGUUAAAAGUUUAUGUAAGCAAACUAUCACACUCUUGCAGUGUUUGAAAGCUAACCCUUGCUGAACUGAGAACAUGAAAGUGAAAUUGACUCUGAACCAAAGCAAAACUUGCAUUGUCAGAGCUGAGUGAAGUGCAAAUAAUAAAAGCAUAGGUAGUGACAAGUAGACUUAAUUUUAAACAUUUCAGCUCUUGCUAAUCUCUCAUCUGUUUACAACGUAUGAUUUUUAUGACAGUGUCCCUUUGAAGGCAGAAAAACUACAAGUGCUAAGAAUUCUAAUUAAACCUUCAUUAAGCAAUCACUCAGGAUGUUAAGACAAGUUGGUUGCUUUAGCAGACAUGGCCCACAAAAGAGGAUCAGAAAUAUAAUUUGCAUAGCUGAAGACUACCCCUAAGAACCACAUAAAACAAGAGGUUGCCCUAACAAGAGGGAGCUCUCCUACAGGUUUCUCUGCCUUCGUAUAAAGCUGCAACUCUCACAUAGAGCAAAGUGAGAAUGAAACUGAGACUUUGUAUCUUAGCCCCCAAUUGGGCAAUAAGUCCCAUGCAAAACACAGCCCCACUGAUUUCACUGGGGUGUUGCAUAGACGAAGGGGGCUCACCCAUGCAGAGCUAAUUGCAGGAUCAGAACCUGGGGCACGGGGGGAGAGAUGUAUAGUGAUGCCCGAAUAUUUUUCAGAAACCUUAGUCUGUGGUUUUGAAAUUUAAGAACUGACUAUUUAAGAACUGAAAGCUGAUGCUAGUUCUAAAAUAAAUAAGUAAAAACGGCAACCAUAUCCCUCACGGACUAGAAAGGUAUCUUGCUUUCUGUUAAUAAGUUAAGUCGACUAAAUAAGUUUAUUGAUUAAUAAUUAGUUCUAAAAUACAGGAGUCACUUUUGAGACUCAUUUCAUAAAAACGAGUUUGUAAGAAGAGAGAGUAACAAGAUAGUGUUGUAAAUGUUGAAUAAACACUAUGGGGUGGUUCUUA